AAGGAUCAAAAAGAGAGUUUAAAAUAUGAAAAGUUUAAAAAGGUAAAUCCUCUGUGUUGAUACAGAAAUCAGUUGAAAGAUAAUAGACCAGCCCUCUAUAUCAAUAGAGAAGAGCAUGCUCACGUGAAGAAAAUAUAUACGAUUAAUGAGGAAGUUUAAAAGCAAGAUUUACUACUUUGAGAAAUAUAAAAGACUUUGAAACGUUUGGGUGUAAACAAAAAACAAGUGCAUAAAUAAAUAUGCAAAUCUGUGCGCACUAUUCUAUGUUUUAUCUACCAUAAGGAAAAAAUAUUUGUACAAAAGUUCGGAUAAUACCUUUUAAAUCAUUUUCUAGAUUGUAACAAUCAGUCAAUAUGGCAAAUGAAAAUCUUUCAAGGGAUAUGGAGAUAUCAUAUUGUUAUAAAUGCGCGUUGAGAAAAAUAAAAGUUGGAGGUGCCUUUUACUGCCAGGAAUGUUCAAAGCGUCUGUGUAAAGACUGCGCAGCUCUUCAUACGGCUAAGAAAAGACAUAGAGGGCACGAAAUAAGAGAAAUUAUGGAAUACCCGAAGUCACCAAUGACACUCGCAGACAAAGACGAGAUUGGGUCUCUUAUUAAUUCACCCACGGGUUGUCGCCCUAAAAACCAAUACAGCCCUGAACCAAGGAUGCACAGAAAUCAUGCUUACGACGACACAACACCUUCUGAUCCGCCGUACUUGAAUCAAGAUGUGCCCAUCACGGAAGAAGACCUUCAUGAUUACGAAAUUGUUGACUUACAUGCACCAGACAUGGAGGACAACAUUGGAUACAACUUCAUAGUUGACAUAGCAAGCACGCCACUUGCAGAAAAGUGUAAAGUAGUGGGCAAAAAAAUCUUGUUCAUUCACGUCAGAGGUAUAACUGUAAAAGAACCAUCGACUGGAAACGGCGUUUUCACAUACCAGUUAACAUGGAUACGGCGAUAUGGAAACAAAUCUGGAAUAUUCUAUUUUGAGGUUGGACGAAAGUGUCCGCACAGUGAGGGCAACAUUGAAAUGAGGUGUAAGGAUGAAAAAACUGCCAAAGUUAUUCAGAAAUCUGUGCUUAAGUGUACACAGCUAUAUGAACACAAAAAAUCAAAAGAUAAAACCCUGUGACUGUAUCUAAGUGUGGUUUUUACAAGGCAUGGUUUCAAAAUAGCUUCAAUGGAUUGUUACUAUUUAUAGAUGGAGUGUAUAAUAAUUGGAAAUGUAUUGGAUUUCAGGCAAAACAUGUUUUUCUCGUCUUAAUUGUAUUUUGUUCAGCAAAUACGCUUAAGAAAUCCUUUAGAUGUUUAUACAGAAUACUUGGAUUAAAAUGAUGGUUAUCUGAACUUUUAUAUCACACCAGGCUUCAUAAGUCUCUUAUAACAGGAUUAAACUAAACUCACAAUU